AUGGCUGAGGAUCGGAAAGAUGAUGAGGCCACCAUCAAGGUCGCGUCCAAGAAGAACACGGGCAAGGGCAAAUUUGGAGGCUUCAAGCUGAAGGAGAAGAUUCCCAAGCUGAAGGAUGGUGGCAGCCAGGAUGGCAAUGUGCUUGAAGACAAGAAGAGCAAGGCAAGCGCCAACGCCACGGCCAACACCGCGCUAUCACCGAGCGAACCGUUCCACGAACUCGAUGAACUUCCCCGCGAAACCUUCACCAAGGGCUAUCCCAUGGUCGAUGCCCCGGCCUUGACAUCGUGCAAGUGGUGCAAGAAGAGCAUUCUCAUGACGACUGCUGUUGAACACAUAAACGGCUGUCUGAAGAUCAAGAAGGAGAAGGCAAACCGGAAAAAGGCCGCACGAGAGGCCAGAGAGCGCGCGAAGGAGGCCGCGCUGAGAGAGGAACGAGAGCGCAGGGCAGAAGAAGAGGGAAUCACGCUCGGCGCAGACGGCGACAGCGGCGAUGACGACGACGAUGGGGAGAAGGUCCCUGGUAAAACAACCAAGAAGGUCGCCGGCAAGAAGACGGGAGAAGGCGGUCCUUCGGGCAAGAAGAGGAAGGCUGAGGGCGAGGCGGAUAAGGGCCCGAAACAAAAGAAGAAGAAGGACGAGCCUAAGCCCAAGACAAAACCCAAAGAGGCUGCUCUCGACGCGAACGCCCCGAUCGAGGAAGACGACGACCCCAACGCUGGCCCUGUUGACAGUGACGAAGAAACGGCGGCUGUCAUGGCCGCUCUCGCCAAAUGGAACCCACAGCCUGUUGUGGCCCAGCCGGUGUUCAACACCAUCCGGCGCGAGUAUCAAAUUAACCGGCUGCAACAACAGCUCGCAGCCGCCACCGACGGUGGGCGCAAGAACAUCUUCAAAGUCAGUGGCUACGGGGCUCAACGCCUGCCGCCGGGUCACACAGGUCACCGCCCUCCAAUUCCUGUCAUGCCUGUAUUAGACCAAGAGGACGCUCCCGGUGAGGAGGAAGAUGAUGUCCCAAACAUGCCAGGCAGCGCGACCUUCGCACCAAUGCAGGCUCAGAGACAAGUAUCCGUUGGUGGUCCGGCCUAG